ACCAGGUUAUAAUAUAAAUGCUUGUGCAGCAGCUACCAGGGUACUUUUAGCCCAGCUCAGCUGUGUGUGCAGGCAUCUCCUGGACCAGAGGACUAGUCGCCAUGAAGCUGCUCGGCCACAUUCUGUGUCUCUGCCUCGCCCUUGCUCUGGCAGGGGCUGGUCACCAUGGUGGUAGUCACACUAGCGGCGGCGGUGCUGGCAGUCACAGUGGUCACGGUGGUCACGGUCGUCACGCACUUGACGCUGAUCGUUGUGAAGGUAUGGAGAUGGACGCUGUUUCAGUAAACGAGGAAGGAGUCCCAUACUUUUUCAAGGAUGACGAUUUGUACAAGGGCUUCCAUGGCAGAGCAGUGCUGUCCAACGAGUCCUUCGCUGAGCUGGAUGAACAUCACCACCUGGGCCAUGUUGACGCUGCAUUCCGCAUGCACUAUGAGGACAACCCCACCGACCAUGAUCACAUGUUCUUCUUCUUGGACCACAAGGUGUUCAGCUAUUACAAACACGAGCUGGAGGAAGGGUACCCCAAGGACAUCUCUGAAGUCUUCCCUGGAGUCCCUGACCACCUGGAUGCCGCUGUGGAGUGUCCCAAGUCUGAGUGUGAUGAGGACUCUGUCAUCUUCUUCAAGGGAGACCAAAUCCUCCACUACAACGUCAAAACCAAGGCUGUAGAGGCGAAAGAGUUCAGGUCCAUGCCAAACUGCACAUCUGCUUUCCGCUUCAUGGAACACUACUACUGCUUCCACGGACACAUGUUCUCCAAAUUUGACCCCAAGACUGGAGAUGUGCAGGCAAAAUAUCCCAAAGAGGCUCGUGACUACUUCAUGAGAUGCGCCAAGUUCGGUGAGGAGAGCGACCAUUUGGAGAGAGAACGCUGCAGCCGAGUUCACCUGGACGCCAUCACUUCUGACGCCGCUGGAAACAUGUAUGCCUUCAGAGGCCACCACUUCAUCCAUAAAGAUGCAGCCACUGACACACUGAAGGCUGACUCCAUCGAGAGUGCUUUCAGAGAGGUGCACAGUGAGGUUGACGCUGUUUUCUCUUAUGAGAAUCACCUUUACAUGACCAAGGGUGACGUCCUGUAUGUUUACAGAGUAGGUGAGCCUCACACUCUCCUGGAUGGAUACCCCAAGUCUGUGAGGGAGGAGCUGGGCAUUGAGGCUCCUCUCGAUGCUGCGUUCCACUGUCGGGGCAGCACUGUUCACAUCGUCAAAGGUCAGGAGAUGUUUGAUGUUGAUAUGUCGGCAGCCCAACGUAGUGCAGGCAACCCGCGCCCCCUUCCACUCAGCAGAGUCGACACUGCCAUGUGCCACGACGAAGGAUUAAAGGUCGUCGCUGGCAACCACUACUACAACUUUGAGAGCCCCAUGAUAUUUAGUACUGCUAAAAGCAUACCUGAGCAGCACAAGGUCUCUAUGGACCUGUUUGGAUGUGAUCACUAGGUGGCUCACUUUUAACAAAUCCAAUAUGCAGAACGUCACAAACAGCACAAUGAAAACAUGGAAAAACAAAAGCACCAACAUUAUGACAUAAGAAUCUAUUCUAUUUUCUUACUUCAUAUCAUGCUUAGGGGUCCUGUUUGUUUUUUCUGUGAUUCAUUUUGUACAGUGUUGUUGUGAAUAAACUGAAGAGGCAACACAACAUAAAGUGUGUUUUGUUUGGCAGUAAGAGACUCCGAGAUGGUUUUUCCUUCAGUCAAAUGGAAAAUAAAAUUGUCAUUGUCA